CCUGCUACUGUUAUGUGUGGGAAACACUCCUCCUCUUCUCCCCUUUCAUAAGCCUCCUCCUCUCCUCUCUUAGCUCAGUCUGUCUGGAACUCUUGACGGAACUUGUCUUCACUUCCUGGGACUUCUCUCUAUCAUGACUCGGAUUUCUCCGUCCGUCUGCAUGUGGCUGCUGUUUGUGCUGCAGGCUGUUGCCGUGGUGAAGGCCCACUGGAUUCCCCCUCCAAAACCCCUGAGGGAAAAUGUAGACUACACUCAACAGGAAUAUGUUGCCAUGAUUCACUCCGAUUUUGAUGAUGGGAAAGGGAAUAUUAAAUACUCUCUAGAAGGCAAUGGCGCAAGCAACGUUCCCUUCCAUGUGUUUGUAGUUGACCCUAGGAGUGGAUACAUUCGUGUCACCAAAGUUCUUGACAGGGAAGAAAUAGCUGACUACAAUCUGGCAGGUGUUGCUAGAUAUAUAGAUGGCACCCUUGCAGAGAAUAACGUCGACAUACGAUUCAAGGUUGAAGAUGUCAACGACAACCCUCCGGUGUUUCAAGCCAUGCAGUCCGGGGCGGUGAAGGAGCUCAGUAUUGCAGGGACUACAGUUAUGACAGUAAAUGCAACUGAUGCUGAUGAACCAGGGAAUGAGAACUCUCAGAUCGCGUAUCGCCUCAUGAGUCAGACACCAGAUCAUGGCUUUUUCGACAUUAAAAGUGAUGGGACCAUCUUUGUUGCAAAGUCUGGCCUGGACAGAGAGAAAACAGAUCAGUACGUUCUGACGGUGAGAGGUCAAGACUUAAAUGGCAAACCAGGGGGAAACACAGGCACCGGCACAGUUACCAUUAACAUCCUGGACGUGAAUGACAACCCCCCCACUCUGGAAAAAAACGAGUAUCAAGGCAACAUUGAGGAGAACACACAGAAUGUGGAGGUGAUGAGGCUCAAAUCACAGGACCUGGACCUGCAGAACACAGAAAACUGGGAAGCUGUGUAUGAAAUUGUCCAAGGCAACGAGGCCGGGUACUUCAGCAUUAGAACAGACCCCGUCACCAAUGAGGGCAUCCUAAUGCUCGACAAGGCUGUGAACUAUGAAGAUGUGAAGGACCUUAACCUAGGCGUAAUUGUGAAGAAUAAGGCUCCGAUGUUUGAUGGAUCUGGGGCAGGGUCCGGAGCUGGUAUAGGUUUCGGAGGGGGAGCAGGUGGGGGAGGAGGAGCAGGUGGGGCAGGGGGAGCAGGUGGGGCAAGUGGGGCAAGUGGGGCAAGUGGCGCAAGUGGCGCAAGUGGAGCAAGUGGCGCAAGUGGAGCAAGUGGGUCUGGAGGAUCAUCAUGGCAAGGUGGAAGCAAAUUUGUAACCUAUCCAAUCAAAAUCAAUGUGAUGAACCAGCGCGAGGGGGCAGCUUUUUCCCCAAAGAUCAAAACGAUUCCCAUAUCAGAAGGAGGCACCUCCUUCAACACGAAGUACGCCAAGGGCUUGGACCCUGACAACUGGCUAACCGUCGACCCUUUGACAGCUAAAAUCAAACUGAACAAGAAGCCCGAUAGAGAAUCUCCAUACCUGGUCAAUGGGACAUAUAUUGCACAAGUACUCUGCAUUUCAGAAGACUUGCCUGCUAAAACAGCCACCGGCACAGUAGCCAUCCAGGUGGAAGAUUUUAAUGACAACUGCCCCGUCCUGACUACUGACUCCCACAUUAUGUGCACCACGGAUGUUUCUGUCAUUGUGAACGCAGAAGAUAAAGAUUCCUUCCCAAACGGAUCUCCUUUUGACUUUGUCAUCAUCCCAGAGGGCACUCGGGGCAAAUGGCAGGUGACGCCUUUAAAUGAGACUGCUGCUACCCUGACUGCCCAGGAGUCCAUUUGGCCUGGAUUCUACGAGGUGAAAGUUGCGGUGAUGGACAAGCAGGGAUUGGCCUGUCCAGACCCACAAAAAGUGACGGUCCAAGUCUGUACCUGUGCCGACGGCGUGGUGUGUGGGAAACAACGCACCAGCAAAGCAGUAGAGUUCGGACCUGCAGGCAUCGGACUGCUGUUCCUGGGCCUGCUGCUUCUCCUACUACUUCUUCUGAUGCUGCUCUUCUGCAAUUGUGGCGGUGCUGGGGGCUUGCCAGGGGGCUUUACUGAGAUGCCUUUCGACACCAAAUCACACCUCAUUAACUACCGCACUGAGGGCCAGGGAGAGAACACGGAGGUGCCGCUGCUGAACAUGCCAACACAAAUGGAUGGAAAUAUGGUCAACAUGAACAUGGGCAUGAUUAACAAUACUUCAGCAAUGGCAGGUUUGGAUUUCCAGAGAUCCGUUACUUCCAUGGAUGGGAUGAACGGGGCCGUCUAUCAAGAUGGUUUUGUAAGUGGCCUCAGAGAAGGGUCAAGGGGGAUGCUGGCCCAGCAGAGCGGCAGUGGCUUCUACUCUGAGUUUGAGGGCAGAGAAUCGGGAGCAGGUAGAGAAAUGUAUGACGGCAUGGCUCUGCCAGACCACUUCCUGGCACAGUACUACACUCAGAAGGUGGCCAGUGGAAAUGACAACCUUGGAGGAAAGGACUGUCUUUUGGUUUAUGACUACGAGGGCCAGGGCUCGCCUGCUGGCUCAGUGGGCUGCUGCAGCCUCCUGGAGUCUGACAAUGACCUGCAAUUCCUCGAUGACCUCGGGACAAAGUUCAAGACCCUGGCUGAGGUGUGCGGAGGAAAGAAGAUCCCAACUGAAGUCAAACAAGAAUUCACUCCUUUGCCCAGUGCUUCCGUCAACACUCAGACCUCAGUAUCAAGUUUGAAAGCUGUAGCCCAACAGCUUCCCCCUCCACCCAAGCCGCAGCCCAGCCCCCCGAAGGCCAUGGUGAGUGAGACAGUGAAGAAAAGCACAACCACAGUUAAGGAAGGGAAGACUACAGUGACCGAAGGGAUGACUACAGUGAAGGAAGGGAUGGCAACUCAAGGCCAGAUGGUCUUGCUACAGCAGCCGGCUCAGCAGCCUGUCUACUACACCACCGCCCCUGUGAUGCAGCCAAUGCACUACGUAGUCCAGCCACAGGUUCAGAACACAGUGCUGCUGGCUGAGGCACCAGCCACCAACAUGCAGAACAUGGUACUGGUUAACGGCACCCAAUCUGGUCCGGCCCAAGGCAUGGUUUUUCAGAACCAGACGGUGAUGUCCAGCAGACAAGCCCAGGGCCCCCAAAUGAUGCUGGUGGAGAGGAGCGGGGUCCAGGGGAGCGGUGCCAACAUGAUCCGUGCUGGCAACCUCUCUGGCUCCCAGACCAUGAUGGUCAUGGAGGGCAUGGUCCCUGUUGGGUCAAUGAAACACCUGUCGGGGAGCCAGACCUAUCUCGUGCAGGGGGGCAAUCUGCAGCAGUCAGGAGGACAUUCUGGAUCGCAGAGGGUCCUGCUGGUCGGGGGGCCAACGAGCAGCGCAGGUCAGCUGGUCCAGGAGGCAGGAGGUCUAUCCCAGAAAAGGGAAAUCUCUGGCUCUCAGAGAGUCCUCUACAGCAGCCCUUUGGCUGGCCCUCAAAGCAGCGUGACGAGUUCCUCUACCACCAGAGUGAGUGGAACCCCCACCUACCGCAAGGUGGUGGUGCAGGAGAAAACCACUGAAUUGUGAAAGAAAAAUUUAAAUUCAGUUUAAACUUAUGGCAAGGCAAGUUGUCAAGUAUUUUUAUGAGAGACACCAUGCAUAUUCAUGUCAGUUUAUUUGUGGACGGUGUGCUUCAACAGUUUGACUCAGAAUGAAGCAUCAUGUACCCGCAUGAUACCACUGCUUCUACUUGACACCAACAUAUGCACCCGGAAAAACAAGCCUAUCAAUCUUGGAUUCAAGAAUAUUUGAUAUUGUGUGUUAAUAUGUUUAUAUUCACAGUUUUCUUACAAAUUUCAUUUCCAAACACAUAGUUGCCAUAUCUUUAGAAAAAGGUGCUUUUUUUCUGUCCACUGUUUGUUUUGGCAAAAAUAUUUUUGUGAUGUUGAGUUUAUUUUGCAAUGCUGGCAAAACUGUUAGUCUGUCCACUAAUGUUUAGCUUAGACUAUAUUUAAUAAUUCUGUUAAAGCAGAAGCAAUUUUAAGCAAUAAGAUAAAAAGUAUGGGUGAAGAUUUAAAAAACCUUAACAUUUGUGUCUGCUCAUUUGCACUUUGGUAUCUUGUGAUCCAGCUUGAUCUAAACAUGCUCAAUCUGCUGUUACAUAGCUCCUAUGUAUAUAUUUAUAUUUGAUUGUUGUUCUUGAAUAAACUACAGGAAAUGUUUUUAUGUUGGACAAAAGGUUUUUUUACUAGUCACCGUGGUAAGGUCAUGGGAUUUGUGUUAUGUCAUUUUUAGUAUAAAAUGUAAAGUGGCCGAUUAUGUUACGUUCACACUUUAAAACUCAAAACAAUUAUAUAUACACAAGUCUUUGUGUUGAACUAAACUUGUUUUUAGUGUGUGUACAUGUUCAUGCCUAUAAAUGGUAAAAACUGGUUCAUUUAUUACGAUACAGACAGAUGUCUUGGAAGACAGAUUGACAAUGCGAGAAUGACUGUCUCAGGGAUUUGUCUAAAGCUGGCUUACUUUAAUAA